UGUCAUGGAUCUCUGCACCAAGGGUCUCCCCUCUCAGAUCGAGACCCUCAAGGCCCGGGGAGUGAACCUGACCUGCGUCCGGGCCUGUGUGGUCGUGGCAGAGGAACGGGCCCGAAUAGCCCUCUCCCAGUCAUUCUCCAAACUCUUCAAGGACCUGGGCCUGUCCCCCAGAGCUGUCAGCACCUCCUUCGGCUCCAGGGUCAACAUUAGCAUCUGCCUGCAGGGAGCCUCGGGACCUGAACCUACAACAGUCUACGUGGACCUGAAGGCACUACGUCAUGACAGGGUGAGGCUGGUAGAGCGGGGAGCACCACAGAGUUUGCCUCUGAUUGAAUCUGGGAAGGUACUACCUGGAGUUAGAGUGAUCAUCGUGAACCCUGAGACCAGGGGCCCCCUGGGAGACUCACAUCUCGGGGAGAUCUGGGUGACCAGCACUCACAACUCCCUUGGGUAUUAUGCCAUCGAUGGUGACGAAUCUCUGCAGGCUGACCACUUCAACACCAAGCUCAGCUUCGGCGACGUCCACACCCUGUGGGCCAGGACUGGCUAUCUGGGCUUCGUUCGCAGGACCGAGCUCACCGACGCUAGCGGAGAUCGACACGAUGCACUUUACAUCGUUGGGGCCCUAGACGAGACCCUGGAGUUACGAGGCCUUCGGUAUCAUCCCAUCGAUAUAGAAACGUCUGUGUCCCGGUCUCACCGGGGAAUCGGAGACUGCGCGGUUUUCACCUGGACGAACCUGCUGGUGGUGGUGGCGGAGCUGGAUGGCUCAGAGAAGGAGGCCCUGGACCUGGUACCAGCGGUGACGGGGGCUGUGCUGGAGGACCACCAGCUGAUCGUCGGGGUGGUAGUGGUGGUAGACCGGGGAGUGGUCCCCGUCAACUCGAGGGGGGAGAAACAGCGCAUGCACCUCAGGGACAGCUUCCUGGCCGACCAGCUUGACCCCAUCUACGUUGCCUACAAUAUGUGAACUGGGCGGGAGGCCCAACACCCCCAACCCGGCACCGUCAGGCCGGAGGAGGGGAGAGCGCGGGACU